GUAUUCACCUCCCUGAGAGCGUUGGACCUUGAUUUCAUGCAGACGCACAGGACAGGUGUGUGGACAGGAAGAGGUGACAAUACUGUCUUGACUGUGGAAAACGGGAGGAGACGCACAGAGACAGGAGUGGAGACCGUAUUUUAGCUACCAAUCUGCAGAUAUAAACCCUGAUCUUUAGAGCUUGUGGAUGCGCUGCAGCCUGGUGUGGAGGCCUGAGACUGAGACCUAGUCACCUCUUUCGGUGUGAGUCACCCGCUUCGCGUUUAUCCUGGGGGUGGUUUGAAUCUCUGAGUUGACUGAGAGAGACCUAGUUGGCGCUAAAGAUUCUGCUGCUAUCAUAUCGGUGAAGCACCACAUAAAUACUUAGAUGAAAAUUUUUCCCUAUUGAACAAAUUCCAAUAUAAUAGAUAAUUAGUCCUUUGUUUGUGCUCAAGCUUGAAUGGGUCAACUGGUUCAACUUUUCACCUUAUUCCCUUUAAUACAGGUGGAACACCCUAGACCUAGUGUGCUCAGCACUUGGUAGGGUUGGUGAAAUCUUGGUUUUUCCCAAGUACCAUAGCUAAGGAGGACUACUAGAGUGUGUAAAGUUGAACUAACUUAAAGAAAUUUCUGGCCUGUAUCCUCUAUGAAAUACUUAAUUUUUGUUUUGUGUAUAUAGGGUAAAUUUCCAUUAAUGUACAAUUUAUCAAUCAGGGGACUCAACCAAUGGGAUAUGGAACAAUCAUGGAAGAUGGCCCAUAAGAACUCAUCUGUGUGGUGUCUCAGAAACAAAUUGCUGUUUGUGGUUGUAUUCAUGAACACAGAGUGAAAUUGAAAUAAUUGUCAUGGUUGCCGUGACCACAGUCAGCUCAGUGACAGCUCAGUGACAUGUUUGUGACAGCCUGUGUUUUGACACUGGUACCACCGUGCAGGGACAAACAUGGUUGUGUGAUCAGUCAAACAACGGAUUUAACCGUGAUCAGUCAAACAACAUUAGUUUGUGUUUUAUUUGUCCGUUCAUCAGUCAAACUCAGUAUUUGAUUUGCUGUCAAGCCACGGUCAAAUACGUUUUACGUGCAUUGUAAAUAUGUUGUGUAUGUGCACAGCCGGCUACAGGCAUAAGCGACAUGAGCGGGGGGCCCCGACCCAAAGGAACUCUGUCACGAAUUCAGCCGAGGCUGCUCCUCCUCCUUGCUCGGGCAGGCUUCGGCGUUCGUAGUCACCGGAGUACUAGCUGCCACUGAUCUAUGUUUCUGUGUUCUACUUGUUUUGUCUAUAUUGCACACACCUGGUUCCAAUUACGAUAAUUUGUUUCCCUAUUUUACCCUCUGGUUCCCUCAUGGUGUUGUGCGUGAUUGUUCGUUGUUUUGUUGUCAUUGACAUUGUGAGUCGGUAUUUUCUUCCCUGCGUGGAAGAUAUGUUUAUUUACUUGACUAAGUUGACUAAGUUCUGUGUCCUGCGCCUGACUCCGUCCUACCGCUACACACUGACGCCUGACAAACUCAGACGGGGAUUCAACUUACUGUUGAGAGUUAGAAUAGUAGAAUACCCAAGGUGUAAGUUAGAAAUGUGGUUGUCCGUCAGCAGUUUUUCUCUUGUUUUGUCAGUCACUGACAGUCACUCAAUUAGCCAUUUCAGCUAACAAUUUUUAGAUUGGUAAGUUAGUCUAGCCAGUUAUCUAAACUUGUAAACCCCAUGGCAAAAUGUGUAGAACUGCAGAAAACGUGCUUUAAAAUCUUGCUUGGGGACCCCACAAGGCUAGAGCCGGACCUGUGUAUGUGUGGUAAAAGAUUGCAAAAUACUGUUUGGAAUAAUGUUAACUAUGAACGUCAAUGAUGCAUGAACAACAUGAUGCUGGUGUCUUCUUCAAUAUGUUGUGUAAACGUUGUGGUAAUGGUGUGGUUGCGUCAUGUGUGUGUUCACAGGCAGACAUCAUGGCCCAGGUGCAGGAGGAGAGACCCUCAGAACAGGAGAAAGAGAUGGGAGAGGAGACCUUCCUCAAAGACCUCUGUCUGUACAUGAAGAAGAGAGGUACACCCAUAGAGAGAAUACCACACCUGGGCUUCAAACAGAGUGAGUAUACUGUACACAGAGAAACAUAUGCGCGCGCACACACAGUACAUGCACACACACACAGUACAUGCACGCAGAUACAGUACAUGCACGCACACUCACACACAUUAAUUGUUGAGAUCUCUCAGACUGAAUGUAGAGCUGAUAUUCUGUAUAUUUUUCUAUGUUUCUAGUCGAUCUGUUCAUGAUGUACAAGACUGUGAAAAGCUUGGGUGGCUAUCUCCAGGUAAAAUAACAUCAAUAAUUUCCAACAUGUAUUAUGUUUCAGUUUUCGAUUAAAAUAGGUGUGAGCAAUUCAUAUUACAAGUCAAACCCAGAGUUUCAACAGAAAAUCCUGUAAAGUUGUAUUUAAAGUCAACUAUCCUCAUCACCCUCUUUUACAAGUUUGAAAACUAUUGUAAUGGGGCCACAUUUCAUGUAUGUUUUUGUUACAUGUAUACAAUGAUUCAAUGUUAAAAUCAAGCUGAAUUUCUACCAGGUAACAACCCAGCAGCUGUGGAAGCAAGUAUACAACAUCUUGGGAGGAAACCCCAGAAGCACCAGUGCAGCCACCUGCACCCGUAGACACUACGAGAAGUAUGUCAAAGCAAACUUAUCCUACAUCUUAUAUACAUGCGUGUCUGUGCUUGCAUGUGUGCGUGCGUGUAUGUGUGCAUAGACUUGUAUGGUUGUGCACAUGGCUGUGUGCUUGCAUGUCUUUGCAUGUCUUUGACACAGAUAUUUUGAAUAUACAGUAUAAGUGUGCAAGUAAAUGAUGUGUAUGUGUGGUAUAUUUAAAUUGGUUCAGUCUCUAAAAAUGGCCUUUGUGUUGCCAUAGGCUGCUUCUUGCAUAUGAGUGUCACGUAAAAGGAGACAACUACAUGGAGGUCCUGCCACAGCACCAGCAGAAGCGUUUACAUUACAGUAGUCUCUGUGAGGAGGAUGAGUGCCCCAGGACAGCUAAACGUAUCAUGACAUACGGCGAUCUCCAGACAUCCCAGCAACAGGUACACUAACAAGCAAACAUACACACACACACACACACACACACAUAAGCAUGUACACACACACACACACACACACUGACAAGUGGUCAUACACAGAUGAAGACAGAGGCUGCAUUUACACAGGCAGCCAAAAUCUGAACUUUUUUCCACUAAUUGUUCUUUUGACCAAUCACAUCAUAUCUUUUCACAUUAGAUAUUUUUCAGAGCUGAUCUGAUUAGUCAAAAGACAAAUUAGUGGAACAAAGGAUUGGGCUGCCUCUGUAAACGCAGCCAUACACACACAGACACACAUGCACACACACACAUUUAAAUGAAUUGACUGACUCAUUAUUGGCAUUUUCUCCUCUCAGAACCCCCAUAACGUCCUGAUAGACUCCAGAGUGAGGAUCAUCCCUAUGCAUGUACACUACCGUCAGAACUAUCACCACCCUGGCUACCCCGUCCACCCAGCUCUGCCCCCCUAUGUCCACCCACCUCUGACCCCCAGCAGCCACCCCAGCAGCCACCCCGGACCCCAGCCCCAGCCCCCAUAUCUCCCCUCCCCUCAAGGGCAGACAGAAAGGGCCAAGCAGCCUCUGGAGCGCUUGCGCCUCCUGGCCAACCAGUACAAGUGCUCCUCAGACUGGACUGAGCCACUCAACCUCAGUCGCAAGAGAGCUUGCGUAGAGUCAGGCGGUCACCCUGCUUCGUCCUUUACCCCUCCUCCCUCCAACAAAUCCCCAAAGUUCUUGAAUAUGCCCUCACCCCUGUACCCCACCAAGGGGAUGGCUAAAGACGAGGGCUGUGAGACGCCGGAGGGGAAGUCACCCCCGGAGAGAUCCUACCUCUACCCCUUGGAGACCAGAGACGGCUACGUCAUCGACCUCACUUCCUCCUCCUCCUCUGGCGGUUCCUCCCACAGUCUGACACCAGCCUCCAGCCCAGGCAUGAAGACGGAGUCCCCCGUCCCCUCUCCACUGCAGAGUCGCAAGGCCAGCGCCCCCUCCAUGGUCCACGUCCCUAGACCCCUGAAGAGAGAAUACCCAGAUUGGCCCAUGGAGGAGUGGAGGGGGGAAAGCCCCAAGCACAGUCCGGGGCCUCUCAAUCUCAGCUGCGCUCUGCCCAGUCCCCCCAGAGAGACAGGAAGGAUGGAGAUCCAGAUCCCGCUGGUGCUGCUCCAUGACUGGAUUAAAGGAGGCCUGCUGGUUCCCGGCCUGGGGCUCCAUCCCUGCAGGGUCCAACACCACAAGGUCCAACCCUGGGCCAGACCCCAGAGCCAAGGGAGAGGACAUGGACCAGAUCAGACACCUCCCCCACCGUAGUGAACCAUGCUGACCAGGUCUUCCAAAGCCCUCACAGAGACCAGGACAGGAGCUCUGGUUAUCUGAGGGAGAGGAGUCUGGAGAGGUACAGGAACCUGCCUAGCCCCACCACCACCUCCCCUGCUUCCAGUCACCUCUAUCCCAUGGCGCCCUACCAGAUCUCCAGCUACAAGCCUCAGCUGUCAGGGAGCAUCAUCCAUAACCCAGCCUGCCGGGACUUGUACCCCUGGGAGAAACAGGAGAACACCAGGAGGCCCUACCACCCAAACCACAUGCACCCCCAGGAUCUACGGGACAGAGCCCAGCCAAUCCCCUUGAAGAUCCACCCCAGCAGUCAGGCUCUGGAGCAGGAUUAUGUAGGCCCCACAUCCCCAGCCUAUAGUCUAGACACAUCCCAGGGAAGGGAGGAUAACCCUAGGAUGGCUUUGAUGGUGGACCCCUCAUCUUCCUCUCUGGUACCACUGACACCUGAGGAGUUCAUGAAGUUAAAGAGGCUCAUCUCAAGCUCCUUGUGA